AACGACUUGUAGGAGGCGCUGCGGCUGUGCACCUCUAUAGCAGUGAGACGUCUCAGUGGAUUGUGACGCGUCGAGGCUCAAUAUGGCUGCGUUGCUUGAGAGCCCGUGUGGUGCAACGAGUGAGGUUGCAGGGAGGAGUGAGGGAGUCUUCAGCAACGACGAGAUGACCAUGCGCAGAAAAGGCGAGCUGAGCGAGUGGGUAGGAGGGCGGGUGAAAAUUUCUCAGCAGCGCCGCCUUUGGCAGGCGCUCAACGCUGCUCAGCAAACUCUUUUGAAUUGAGUGUUGAAGCGACCAGAAUGAACAAGCGCCAAAGUGAGGCGCUUUUGUUCAAGAGGCUCGCUAGAGGCGACUAUCUGGCGUCGCUGACUCAUCUUUGAAUUGUUUCCUUGCCUUGUCUCAAAGUUCUUUUCAGUUUUCUCGCUCGUCCUGAGGAACUCAAGUCGGACCAGGCACCGAAGCAGGACGCCUCAGCUCUUUGACAUACAAGGGCUUCGCACCCACGCUUGAAAAGUUCGUAAGAAUUCCCUAAGAGUUCCACAAUACCGUCCAUAGAAUCGUACUAACCGCCCGUGGGCGCUGGCCGUAUCUUCGGUCGGCGGCAGCGCGGCCGCGAUGGCCGCGGCUAGCCGGCCGCGGCCGCACCGGGCCGGGCGGCUUGCGACUGGCGGCCGCGAACGUCGGCAAAGAACGUGCUUGAAGCACGCGCCAGGGACGAAAGGUCUGCUCAACUGAAAGUACUAGGGACGCUGCGCUUCCUCGACGUUCUACAGCUUUCGCGAGGCUUGCGUCACAAGCUUUGCCCUCCUUCUCAAAACUGCAUAGACGAUUGCAAGGAUGGAAUGCUUCAGCGGGAUGAUGCACUUCGCGGAUGGCAAGAAGCUGACACCACAGCAAUUUCAGUACCUCAUGCUUUUCUGCAACAUCCCGAGAUUCAAGCGGAACGUGGAGCUCUUGAAAAGCCACUCUGAUCCGCUCAGAGAGGCGGUGGGACUGCCGUUGGGAGAGGAGGGGGAGUACUUUGUGAGCAGCCAAGAGUAUGAAGGAUUGUCAGAAGAACUGAAGGAAGCCGUUCGCAACUUCUCCAACAAGUUAAAUGGGGUUCGCUGGUACAACGGUGCGGGCAUCAGUGUCGAAUGCGAAACACCUGCCGGUGUUCCGGACUUGUAUUGGUGUCACUGGAGGCCCUCAACCACCUACAGGGGAAUCAAGUGGAUAGGUUACUUCGGCAAAAGUAUCACGUUUUUUCAUGCGACCGAGUGGAUGCAAUGGAUCUCCAAAAACAUCCUGCAGAAGUGGGGGCUGCGGCUUGAAGGAGAGAUUUGGUACCAAGGUGAAAACAGAUCACUAACGGGCAGAUUUGUAGCGACCACAACUGGAAAGAUCACAAAGCAGGAUGCGAGGUCGAGCCGGAUGCAGAACCUGCUGGGUGCCGCAGCUAGAAACGAUGUUGCGCUGGCCAAAAGUCUGCCCCGAGCGCAGCUUACGAGGAGAGACGCUUUUGGGAGAACGCCGUUGAUGCUGGCCGCGUGCUUCGAAGCUUAUGAGAUGCUGGAAUGGCUGACGGAGCAAUCGUCUUCCGAAGAGCUGUACCUGGAUCAGGCGAAAUGCACGCCCGGGACGAUGAACGGCCUUGACUUCGAAAAGGAGACUCUCUUCCAUCUCCUCGCGCGCCUCGACCUCCAAAAUCCCGCCUUCCAGCGCGCCCUGAAACACCUUUCCGCGCACCCCGUUCCGCCGGAAGCGCUGAGCUCCUUCACCGGAGAGCACCUCGACGGACCAACACCCCUGGGCCUUGCAAUUGAGCGGGGAAACCGGGUCUUCGCGGAGUGGCUGAUAGCGAAGGGGGCUGACGUCAACUUCCACGGGUGGGGUUUCAACUUCAACCCGGAAGGCGAGAGCUACUACUCUUAUCCGCUGAUGACUGCCGCAGCCGUAGAGGAUCCUUACUUCGUAGAGCUGCUGUUGAACAAGGGAGCUCGCAUCGACUGCGAGAACGAGCCCAGACAGUCCCUCGUAGGCAGCACGCUUGGCAAGAUGACCCCGCUUCAGUUGGCUGCAUACAUGGGCCGCUUCGAAAACGUGCGCCUUUUGGCCUACUACGGCGCACGAUUCGAAGACACGUGGCUGAGCCAGUUCACCACGAGCCGCGAUGACCCGGAGGACAUCGCCGAGCUCACUGCUCAAACGGUGCGGCAAGGCGUGAUCUACCGGGAUUACAGUAAACCAUGGAAAAGCGCGGAAGCGCUCAAAGACGCACUGAAAAGGUUCGACGCAGCGGCACGGGAGGGCCUCUCCCGCCGCAGACUGCUGGUGGUGUCUGGGAUGACGCGCCGAACGGUUCCGAGACUUCCGGAGCAUUUGCUCAAGCACGUUAUGGAGCUGGCAGGUCUGUUUCCGGUCGUGCAGUUUCCUGAAGAUCGGCAGCUGCAGGCUCGAGCGGAGAAGUCCAUAGCAAAGUACUGACGAAAUUGGUACGAGUCACUUUUGGGAUGAGCGCUUCCAGGGAUGUGGCACGGGUCUAGGUGGGGCAGCAAGAAUUGACCACUGCAAUUACAGUUACCAUGGACUACAGCAUUAGCUGAAGGGCCGAAUCCAUACCAUUUCUUUUUACGCCUGGAACUCAUUAGACUUUCCAUGAAGCUUGCCGCUGAAUUUUUCUUAUGGUAUUCUUAGGCCGCCCGUCACCUCGGCCGGGCACUUAGACAAGCUUUUACCUAACAGCUGAUUGUUUGAGCAACGCACUGUUUAACGAUCAAUCAGGCAAUCAACACUGAAUUGUGUACGUAAGCCCAUUCCCAGUCUGGCGGGAUGGCGGCCGGGCC